AACCCGGUGGGAGACAAUAGAAUCAACGCAACGGUCUCCUUGGGUUACCGGGGGAAAAAGAAAAGCCCACCGUCUCUUGCCCUCUUCCCCCAAAUCACCAGCACAAGAUCGCCGUGGGCGGCGCUCGCAACUCGCACGCGGUGAGGCGGCGCUCUGUGGACACGCUCCUCGCCGACACCUCUAACAUCCCCAAAAUCCAAACCCCACCCCGCAUUUCCAGCAAAUUCUCCCCCAGUAACCUCGGAUAGCACUCCAACCAUAUGGCCGCCGCCGCCGCGGCGCUCAGCCGCUCCGCCACCGGAAGAAGAGCGGCGCUUUGGACUUCCGAGACCAACCGUCUUCGCCCAGCCUCGAUGUUGUAGGUGACGAAGGGUAGUAGGGGUAACCAGGGAAGUGAGCGGGAGAGAAAAUGGGGGCUGUUGGGGGUGAUCAGUUGGUGCAGUGGGACAAGAUGGGUGGACCUGAUGCGGUUAACGACAUCGGAGGGGGCGCCGGGAAGCUGGACAGGAUACAGGUUCUGGUGAGACUGAGGCCACUGAGCGAGAAGGAGGUUGCAAGGGGGGAACCUGCAGAGUGGGAGUGCAUCAAUGAUACCACCGUCAUGUUCCGGAGCACCUUCCCGGACCGACCAACUGCCCCGACGGCGUACACAUUUGAUAGGGUAUUCCAUUCUGACUGCAGUACCAAAGAAGUCUACGUGGAAGGGGUUAAGGAAGUUGCCCUCUCUGUAGUUAGUGGCAUUAACUCCAGUAUAUUUGCAUAUGGACAAACAAGUAGUGGAAAGACAUAUACUAUGACUGGAGUAACAGAAUAUACAGUAGCAGACAUAUAUGAUUACAUUAACAAGCAUGAAGAGAGAGCAUUUGUUCUGAAAUUUUCAGCAAUUGAAAUAUAUAAUGAAGUUGUAAGGGAUCUUCUGAGUGCAGAAAACACUCCACUUAGACUUUGGGAUGAUGCAGAGAGGGGCACCUACGUGGAGAACCUUACAGAGGUUAUAUUAAGGGACUGGAACCACCUCAAGGGGCUUAUUUCGGUGUGUGAAGCUCAAAGAAGGACAGGGGAGACCUUUUUAAAUGAAAAAAGCUCCAGAUCCCAUCAAAUUCUCAGAUUGACUGUAGAAAGUUCUGCCCGGGAGUUCUUAGGGAAGGACAAGUCAACUACACUUGUCGCUAGUGCGAACUUUAUUGAUCUGGCAGGAAGUGAGCGUGCAUCUCAGGCAUUGUCUGCUGGCACGAGGCUAAAAGAAGGUUGCCAUAUUAAUAAAAGUCUGCUUGCCCUUGGCACUGUCAUUAGGAAACUGAGCAUGGGAAGUAAUGCACACAUACCAUACAGAGAUUCGAAGCUCACACGCAUAUUACAGCCAUCUUUGGGAGGCAAUGCAAGAACUGCCAUUAUUUGUACACUGAGCCCUGCAACUAGCCAUAUUGAGCAAUCAAGAAAUACCCUGCUAUUUGGGAGUUGUGCAAAAGAAGUAGUUACAAGUGCUCAGGUUAAUGUGGUGAUGUCUGAUAAAGCACUAGUUAAGCAUUUGCAAAAGGAGGUUGCUAGAUUGGAGAGUGAGUUGCGGCAGCCAGCUUCAAAUUCCAGUCUAGAAGCAUUAGUGAAGGAAAAAGACAAUCAAAUCAGAAAGAUGGAGAAAGAAAUAAAAGAACUCAAGUCUCAGCGCGAUUUGGCUCAGUCUAGGUUGCAGAAUUUGCUGCAGACUGUUGGGGAGCACCCAAAGCACUCGGGAUCAGGAAAGCGUGCAGUCCGAAGCCCUCCAUCUAUUGGAAUGCCCCCAUGCAACAGCAGAGAUGACAGUUCUCAGAUCUCUCAUGAUGAGUCAGAUAUUUACAAGGAAGUACGAUGUAUUGAAACCAAUGGAACAGGAGGAAAUGAACAGUUGGAUAUAUCAGCCGGUGGAAGUAGUGCGUGUGGUGCUGGUUCAAAUGCAUCAGUGAAUUCAAGGCAUUCGAGGCUCCUAGGUGAAACUCCUAUCACGUUGGAGCAGCAUUUGGAGAAUAUCAGGAGGCCUUUUGUCUGUGGUACCAGAGAUCUAGGAUCUUCAACACGUAACUCCUCGGGCUGUAGAGUAAUUGGUAGAAGCAGGAGCUGUAGAUCACUGACAGGUUCUACUCUGUUUGAUGGUAUGGAGGUGGAUGAUGGCACCCCACUAAAUAGAAGUUUGGUAGAUUUCCCUGGAAGAUCUGAAGGGUAUAAUAGAAGGGGAUCUGCACUGAACUAUGAUGCAGAAAGUGAAACUCUUUCAAGAGCAGGAUCCAUACUUUCUGAGACUUCAAAGGGUGCAACCAACACAAAUGGUGCGUGUGAUGCAGAAUUUACCGGUAUUGGUGAAUUUGUUGCUGAACUGAAAGAGAUGGCUCAGGUUCAUUAUCAGAAACAGCUAGGUGGUCAGAAUGCAAAUGGGGAAUAUGGAGACAGCACUAUAAAGAGCAUUGGAUUGGACCCUAUCGUAGUUGGUUCACCUUCUCGCUGGCCAUUGGAAUUCGAGAAGAAACAGCAAGAGAUCAUCGAGCUUUGGCAUGCAUGCAGUAUUUCCUUAGUCCACAGGACCUACUUUUUCUUGCUAUUCAAGGGAGAUCAGGCUGAUUCAAUCUACAUGGAAGUGGAGCUUCGUAGGCUGUCAUUCCUCAGAGAAACUUAUUCUCGGGGAAGUACCCCUAGCAAUGCAGUAGUAGGCAGUUUGAACUCUUCACCUGUUGCGAGCGCUAAGAAGCUGCAACGCGAACGGGAGAUGCUCGCCAGGCAGAUGCAGAAGCAGCUCACAGUGGAGGAAAGAGAGCACCUGUACACCAAGUGGGGUGUUUCACUGGACUCCAAGAAGAGGAAGCUGCAGGUUGCUCGUCGCCUCUGGACGGAGACCAAAGACCUGGAGCAUGUCAGGGAGAGCGCCUCCCUGGUCGCCAAGCUGAUCGGGCUCCAGGAGCCAGGGCAGGUCCUCAGGGAGAUGUUCGGGCUCAGCUUUGCGCCGCAGCAGCCACCACCCGCCCGGCGGCGAUCCUCCAACGGCUGGAGAUACGGGAUCCCUUCGUUCGGCUGAUUGGAUUAUCAACCACGCACGAUAACACGAUGACUGACCAAAAGAUGUAACUUUGCCUCUGAUUUCUGUAGGAUUUUAGGAAUAUUCGCUGGCCCGUUGUUUGUGCUUUCUGCUGCCGGUGGCUGGCCUCGUGCAUGCUUUUCUGCCUAGCCGCCGCCGGCUCGGCCUCAAUUGCUGACGCUGUUGUAUAACGUUAACAUGUGCUACAAUAGUAAUCCAUCGUGCCAUCUUGCGGAAGGGUUAAUGUAU